CGCGCGGGCCCGGGCGUGCGGGCGGCGGGCGCGCGCCGGGCGCGGGAGCGGCGCGGCCCCGCGCCAUGCGGGCCCAGCUGGAGCGGUGCCGCGGCGAGUGGCGGGAGCUGGAGGAGGAGUUCCGGCAGCUCCAGGAAACACACAAAGUUUACAGGCAGAAACUGGAAGAAGUCACCAGCUUGCAGACAGCCUGCAGCAGCUCCAUACACCGGCAGAAGAAGACACUGAGGGAUCUGAAGCACAGCCUGCAGCGGUGCAAGCCCAGAGCGAGUCCUGAGGAGUUUGCUCUCAUUCAGGAGAUCAGCAGCCAGAUCAAGGAGAGGCAGAAUGCCUUCUUUGACAUGGAAGCCUACCUGCCCAAGAGGAAUGGCCUGUACUUAAAUCUGGUGCUGGGAAAUGUGAAUGUCACUCUCUUGAGCAACCAGGCAAAGUUUGCCUACAAGGACGAGUAUGAGAAGUUCAAACUUUAUCUGACAAUAAUCUUGUUACUCGGGGCUGUUGCCUGCAGGUGUUUUCUCCACUACAGGGUGACAGAUGAAGUGUUUAACUUUCUGUUGGUGUGGUAUUACUGCACGCUGACGAUACGGGAAAGCAUUCUCAUUAGCAAUGGCUCAAGGAUCAAAGGCUGGUGGGUGUCUCAUCACUACGUUUCCACAUUCCUGUCUGGAGUGAUGUUAACAUGGCCGGAUGGACUCAUGUAUCAGAUGUUUCGCAGUCAAUUUUUAGCAUUUUCAAUAUUUCAGAGCUGUGUUCAGUUCUUACAGUAUUAUUACCAAAGGGGCUGCCUCUAUAGGCUCCGGGCUUUGGGGGAGAGAAACCACUUGGACCUUACAGUAGAAGGAUUCCAGUCCUGGAUGUGGCGGGGGCUGACGUUUCUCCUUCCCUUCUUGUUCUUUGGGCAUUUCUGGCAGCUAUACAAUGCAAUCACGCUUUUCAGAUUGUCAAGGCACAAGGAAUGCAAAGAAUGGCAGGUUUUUGUGUUGGCUUUCACAUUCCUGCUGCUCUUCCUCGGGAACUUCCUCACUACUCUCAAGGUGGUGCACACUAAACUGCAGAAGAACAAAGACAAGGUGAAGAAGCUGUGACUCUCCCUGUUCCCAGUGUGCAUCCAUCCCUGUGCCCCCAGCAGGGCUGGGUUUGGGACAGAUCCUGCUCAACCCCAGCCAGGCAAUGGAUGGGCUCGGAAGGACUCGCCUGUCCCCGUGUUUGGUGAAGGACUCUGCCAGCACAGACUCAGUAUUAAUGCAAGCAUGGCUCUCCAGUCACACUCCUGCUAUUUAUGUAUAUUUAAUAUAAAAUGUAUUUGCUUCUGGGGUUUUUCUUCUGUAUAUAGAGCAGCAUGCACCUGCCUGGCAAAGUGCCAGUGUUGGGGAAAAUGUGGGAUCUACUGUAAUUCCAAUUCUGGAAUGAUACCUGACACUUUCCAGUUUUAUUAUUUAAAUUCUGGGUAUUGAAUUUAUUGAGGUUUAUGAACCCUCUGGGUGGAUCAGUAAUAUAGAGCGAAUGCUGAUUUUCAAGGCAUUUGUUUAAUGCAUAUUCUCAGUGGCAAUACUAACUUGUGUGUACUGUGAAAAGAAAAUACUCAUCUUUGUACCAUACUGCUGCUAUAUACACUUCUAAAAAGCUAUUUAAAAAUGAGGAAUUCCUCCUUUGAAAACAAAAUGAUGCAAGCAAAAUCAGUUUUUAAAUGGCAGGGAAGACUGCUAGCCCUUUUCCAGGGAGACCAGGUCGUUUGUCCAGGCCUGAAAGAACCUAAAAUAAACCAUUCAAUAUGCAA